UCUAUUUACCUCACUAGUGUAUCAAGUUCCGUAUCACACUGAAUGGCGGAGGGAGUGCAAUGUUAGCCAUGGGGUAAAUUUGAAGCAAAAGAAUGGAUUUUUGGCGAUUAUUUGUCAUGUAAUCUUCAUAUUAUUCAGUUUACGUUUCAUGGCACUUUUAAACUCAUCAAACCGGUUUAUUUAUUUGCUGAUAACAGUUAAGUUAGUAUUGCAGUAGCGAGCAAGCUAACAAACAAACUACCACAAGGCCUGUAAAUGGAUCCAGCGGUUUUGCGUGAAAGUCCUGCGGGUUCAGGAGCACCUUCAGUGGAGGAGAGAGGAGGAAAUCAGCCGGAGGAGGUGACAGAUGAUAGCAGAGAAGCUGAUGGGGAAUCCGAGGAGACCGAGAUGGAGGGUAAAGACUCUGAGAGAUCUAAAAGUCAAGAUGAAAACUCACUAAAUGAAAAACUGACUGAAGAGGAAUUAGAUCCAAGAAUCCAGGAGGAACUGGAGCGUCUGAAUGAGGCCAGUGAGGAGAUCAACAAGAUGGAACUGGAACUGCAAGAGGUUCGGUCCAGCCAUAGGAGGAUAAUGAAUGAAUCUGUGCUUAAACUCAAGGCGAAAAGUUCAGAACUGGGGUCCUGCAUUGAGAAGGCCAGGCCGUACUAUGAGGCACGAAGAAAAGCAAAAGAGGCCCAGCAGGAGACCCAGAAAGCCGCACUCAGCUUUGAGAGAGCCGUGUCCAUGCACACGGCUGCUCGAGAGAUGGUCCACGUAGCUGAACAGGGCCUCACCGCAGUCAAGACGAUGGAUCCAACCUGGCAAGAGAUGUUGAAUCAUGCUACCUCAAAGGUGAACGAGGCGGAGGAGGAGCGCAUGAAGAGCGAACGGGAGCACAUGCGUGUCACCCGGCUGUGUCAGGAGGCUGAAGCCCGCGUGCAGGAGCUGCAGAAAUCACUCAAGAGAUCCAUCGUCAAGUCCAAGUCUUACUUUGAGCUCAAGGCUCAGUUCAAUGACAUUCUAGAGGAGCACAAGUCAAAAAUUUUACUGUUAGAGGAGCGUAUUUCCAAAGCCAAGUUAAACUACUCCAGCACCCUGCGCCACCUGGAGAAAAUCAGCGAGGAGAUUCAUGCCCAGAGAGAGCAGGACCAGCCAAAGGAUGGACCAGUCAAAACGUGCGGUGGGCGGAGCCCUCCUGUAGGAGCAGAGACAGUCAACAGCACUGGUACCGAAGGCGGAGCCUGCGGAGGCUACCCGAGACCAAACGAUUGGGUGGAUGGAAAAGAGGGUGUGGCUAAUGUCAGAGCGUGGGUGGAGACACAUAACAACUCCAGGUGGGUGGACAUGGGAAGGGCAGAGGUGACACGAUCUGGUUCAGACUCUCUUUCCAUCAUCAGCCUCCAGACCAUCAUCUCUGAUCUCGAAAAGUGUGAUUCGGUCGAACACCUGGGCCACCUCAGCAGUAACAUCAGUCUCUCAGGGGAAGAAGGGGAGAAAGAUGGGCUGGAGAAUGAUAAAAACCGAGUGUGGCAAAAAAAUGCAGACAUUUCAGAGGAGUUCCUCAAACAACACAUAAGAAGUGUCAGUUUAUGAGUGCAUCCAUGAAUAAUGCUCAUGUUUUAUCGUUUCUAAGCUUGAUUCUUGACUGACAGAGUAACUCAUUUUUAUUUAUUGUUGAGCUUUUAUCAGUACUUGAAUAGGAGAAAGACCAAAAGAAAAUUCUUAAUAUA